GGGAACUGGGGGGACGGGGGGGACCAAUAUAAACCUGUAUAGACCAGUAUGGGUCAAGGACCCCAUACAGACCCCAGUAUAGACCAGGGAGCCCCAGUACAGACCCCAGUAUAGACCAGUAACCCCAGGACAGACCCCAGUAUAGACCAGUAACCCCAGGACAGACCAGUGACUCCAGUAUAAACCAGUGACCUCAAACUGGGGGAGGGGGGCGGCCCUAGUGCAGACCAGUGACCAUUACCCCCAUACUGGGAAGGGGUCCCUGUCCCAGUACAAACUGGGGGCUCCCCAGUAACCUCCUCGUCCCCUCCAGGUCUUGCCUGUGCUCCAGAGACCCUCGGCCAUGGGCGAGCGCAAGGGCACCAACAAGUACUACCCCCCCGACUUCGACCCUGCCAAGCAUGGCUCCCUCAACAAGUACCACCACAGCCACCCCCUGCGGGAGCGCGCCCGGAAGCUCUCCCAGGGCAUCCUGGUCAUCAGGUUCGAGAUGCCCUUUAACAUCUGGUGCGACGGGUGCAAGAACCACAUCGGGAUGGGCGUCAGGUACAACGCGGAGAAGAAGAAGGUGGGGAAUUACUACACCACCCCCGUGUACAGGUUCCGGAUGAAGUGUCACCUGUGCGUGAACCACAUCGAGCUGCAGACGGACCCCGCGAGCUGCGACUACGUCAUCGUGAGCGGGGCCCGGCGCAAGGAGGAGCGCUGGGACCCCCGGGACAGCGCCCAGGCCCCGCCCCCCUCCCCGGAGCAGAAGGAGCGCCUGGCCCUCGACCCCAUGUUCCGCCUGGAGCACGGGGUGCAGGACCGGGGGGUCCUGGAGCGCGAGACCCCCACCCUGAGCCGGCUGCAGGAGGCCCAGGACGCCUGGAGGGACGACUUUGGGCUCAACAGCCGCCUGCGCCGCCAGUUCCGGGAGGAGAAGCGGACGCUGCGGGAGGAGGAGGAGGAGGCGGCGGCUCUUCGGGCUCGGGCCGGGCUGAGCAUCCCCCUGCUGCGGGAGGAGGAGGAGGAUCGGCGCCUCGCCGCCCUGCUCACCCUGCGCGCCCCCGACUCCUACGAGGAGAAGCAGCGGCUGAAACGCUCCGAGAUCUCCCACCGGCCCUGGUUCAGCCCUGGGACCCCCCAGAAAACCCGGGGGCCCCUCGGGGGGGGGAUCCGAGCACCCAAGGGACCCCCCGGCCCCCCCACCCCGACCCCCGCCGGGCUCGGCAUCGUGCGCAGGAGGGAGAGCGGAGGGGCGGAGGGACCCCCCCCGGGGAACACCAGCGCUGGGGGGGACCCCCCUGCAGCCCCCCAGGGUGAGGGGGACCCCCCUACAGCCCCCCAGGAUGGAGGAGACCCCCCUGCCCCGCUCCCGGGCCCCCCCAGGGCCGCGCCCCCCCCGUCCCUCGUCGCCGACUACUCAGACUCCGGUUCCGACAGCGCCUGAGCCGCAGUUUGGGGGGGCUGGACCCCCCCGGGGGUGGUCUGGGGGGGCCACCCAGACCCCUCCCCAGCCCCACAGACCCCCCCUCCUAAU